AUGGAUUACGCGAACAAUGAUUAUUGGUAUGAUGACACUUCUGACGGUUCCAUAGAUGCCAAAGUAGAAUUAAAGAUUACUAAUAAACCCAAAGAGCUCAAAAAUAGAGAGGGCAAGUCUUGGGUUGUUGUAGCACCUCCAAAAUAUGCACCAGGUAUUCCCAACCUUGUGCCAUUAUAUCAAGUCAUCUGGGAAACUCAACAUAUUAAUCGAAAUAAUCCUGGGAAAUAUUAUGCGAAAGUAAAAACGGAAUAUUAUCGUGAUAUUCGACCAAUCUUUGACGCCAUUCAUAAAAACUCUUGGGUUAAUAAGAUAGCUUUCACGGGUCAUGGAGUAGGAAAGCAUGCUGAAAGCUGUUCAAAGGAACAGAUGAGCUUGAGGAAAGGAGUUUUCUCACGUGUCCGGGUACCUAAAAAACUUGCAAGCGCUAUGGGACACAGUGGUCAAGCUUAUAGUUAUUUUAUGCCACCUUUAUCUGGAAAUGAUGGAGACGUCGAACCUUCAUCUCCAGAUACAUUUUUAACUUCACUUAAAACAAUGGCAGAAGGUAAUUUCUAUUUAGAUGAAAGUAACAAGCUCAUUGAGUACAAGUAUGAAUUUAAACCUGAUGACCAAAGCAGAUACCCCAAAUACAAGAAAAUUUCAGAAGAAGACAAUGAAGAUAAUGAGGAAUUUAAAGAAUUUGAAGAAAUUAUCACUUCCCCUUAUGAACAAAUUGAACAUCUUAAAAAAUCUGCACUUGAAUGGACUGUCCCUAAAAAAGAAAUUGACAAGUUAAUUAAGUUAAAAGAUUUUAAAGAAUGGACCUGCAGAUUCAGAACUAACGAAGAUGAUGAUCCUAAAUGGGGUAACAUGGAUAUGGUCAAGACAUGGAAUAGUUAUUCAGAUUGGGAUUUGUAUGAUUUAAAUGUAUUUUCAGAAUCAGGAAAUAUGAUUGGUAACAAAUUAAGAUAUUUAAUUCAUCACGUUGUAGUAGAAGAAAUGCUAAAUGCAUCACUUGUAACAAAUCUUUGUGUUGCUGUUGAACAUAAGCCUAUAUUCUAUUCUCAAGAAUCAAUUCCUUUCUAUUCAAAUCCUUUAUCUCAUGUUAGGAAAGGUAAAAUUAUGGUUAAUUUGUUGAAAGCAGAUUUGAAUAAUAUUUUUACUUUUGUAAAUAUUGAAAGACCUGAUGAUAAACCUAAUAUUAAUUAA